AUGAAUGAUGGGACAGGUGGAGGGAGGGUGAUGGAGACCUCCCAACCCCGAGGGCAACAGGAUGGACAGACCCCAUUUGGUGACAUCACAGGCCUGAUGAUCACCCCUGUUGGCCCCCUAAAGAGUGCCCCCCUAGAGGCUGUUUUAAGGAACUACACCCUCAAUGUUGUGUUUUACCGGGGUGAUUACCACAUUGACGUCUGCAUCAACGACUACCUGGACGUCUACUGUCCACACUACAUCGUCCCAGUGUCUGACGAUCGAGCCGAGCGCUACGUCCUCUACAUGGUGAACUAUGACGGCUACAGCUCCUGCGACCACACCGCCAAGGGCUUCAAACGCUGGGAGUGCAACCGGCCUCUGUCGCCCAACGGGCCGCUGAAGUUCUCAGAGAAGUUCCAGCUCUUCACCCCCUUCUCUUUGGGCUUUGAAUUUCGCCCCGGCAGAGAGUACUACUAUAUCUCCUCCAUCACUGACGAGAAAGGAAGACGGAGCUGCCUUCGCCUCAAAGUCUUCGUCCGGCCUCAGAACAAUUGUGUGAAAGAACCCGGGACCGUUCAGGAAGGGGUCGACUUUGACGACAACAGUCACAACUCCCUAGAACCCAGAGACGGCAUCGGUCACGAGUCUCCAGAGGCGGCUCGACGGGAUGUGAACUCUGCGGGCCGACGCCAGACUUCAGUCCUCCUGCUCAGCGCCGCCCUCAUUCUGCUGGCGGCCAUCUUGUCUUUAUAGCGCCCAGGCUGAGGAAUCCGCCAGGAAUGGACUGUCCUGAUUGGACCACAGGCCGCCUUUACCCUGCAACCCCUCCCCUCAAAGGAGCACUUUUUUAAACAAAAAAGAACACUGACAAUCUCUCUAUGUGAAAAGAGAGAGGAAGGGACUUCCAUGUUGAAGCCUUCGAUGUUUUUUGACUUGCCAACCAGAGUGAUUCAUGACUUUCUGCUGCGUGCUGAUGGUCAAGGCACCCUGAGGUGAAAGAUGCGUACCCUUUCGCCUUGCUACUACUCACAGUAUACUGAUAUUAAAGACAAGCACACAUAUGAUCUCAAAACCACACACACACACACACACACACACACACACACACUACACAAUCAGUACACAGCUUGAAUGGCAAUGAAGCACAGCGGGAUCCUUAAAAAGUUUACAGACUUUUUUUUGUGUUCAGGAAAACAUCACAUAACCCCCCGACAUGUAUCAUGAUUAUAUCUCACGUCAAAAUGGAAGAUGUUUUCGAGGAAGACCUGGAAGUAACGCAUCACCACCAUGCUAACGGAAAAAAACAAGAACGAUGUUGUUGCUAGGAGAUGGUCGCCAAGGGCGCAGGGCGGGACUUUGACGACUCAACCCUCCCUGUUUAAAAGCUGACCCUUGUUGAGAAUUAGAACAUUUAAAGCAGCACAUAUCUUUUAGUGUUGGGAUAGGGCCGAUUUAAUGACCGAUUAAUGUGUUUUGAUUUUAAUAUGUCACCUAAUUCAAUUGUAGCAGCCAACAUGGGUGUACAGUCAAAUAUUUGAAUGGAGCGAAGAAGUGGUUAUGGUUUUUUUGCCAGGCAAAAUGUAUUUUCCUAUUUAUUGUGAAGUCCUCGUGUUUCUUUUUACUGCUCUGGUUUUAGUCUGUAAGUACAGUAGAAAGGCAAUACAGUUACCCAUUAAGUUAGUUCAUAUUACACAGCUUUUUUGAUACAAUCACUUCAGUUUAUGUAUCUGUUGGAAUUGAUCGCUAAUUUUUUAACAAAGUCCAGGAAGGAAAAAAAAAGUCUGAUGUGCUAUCAGGGUGUAGAAAAAAAAAGAAAAAAAAAUCGUUGAAUAUUUGUGUUUCGAUUGUCAUUAAAAAUGUCACCAACGUAGUUUUACUAUUAAACCAUUGCUUUUGUGAA